AUGGUGAAAAUUUUCGUCAAGACGGGGAAGCCGUGGGCGAGCGGGAGUUCUUCUGUGGUUCGCGUCGUGUUGUGCGCGAACGAUGUGGACGCCGUGGCGAGGAAGAUUGCGAAGACGCUCGGGCCGGCGGCGUUGAAUCGGCGCGGCGAGUUUAAGGCGACUGGAGUAACCGAGUUCGCCGCGGAAGACGCUCGAGCGGCGAGCGCGUCGACAUUCUUGGGCUACCCGACGCCCGCGUCCGUGGCGAUCGAAGUGAGUGGGUGCGACCGUCGUGCGGGCGCGUUUACCGUGAAAGCUUUCCAUCUCGCGUUGGAUGAAGGGUGCGGCGUCGUGUACCUCUCUUAG